UGAAGAUUGACAGUAUAAAAACACUUUUAACUAAUUAAAUCCAAUAAUCUAAAACGUAUCACACCUUGUACAUUUCGAUUCGAUAUGCAAUUAUGCACGUCAUUCUGCAAGGAACGAAUUGCAGAGUUCAGGUCAAACUUCCCCGACGUGGCCCCCCGUCGAGUAUGAGAAACAGGACCGAAUAUCUGAUAAAGUAUUCAAUUGCACCUCCGCCCAGCAGAGAUUAUUACGGUCUGAAGAUUUUUGAAGACGAGGUAAUUCUGUAUUUAUGGAAAAUUUCUCACGGGCCUCAUAAAUCACCGAUCGUAUAUCGUGUCAAGCUUAAUAAAUUUGAUCAAGAAAAAUCUUUGCAGAACGAAAUACGUCACGGAUUUGGUAAAUAUUUAUUAAAACAUGUGAAAAAUAUUGCUGAAGGAAAUAGAAAUCUUUUAACUUUACCAAAUUCAGUAAUCGGAAAAAUAUCAAAAUAUUUAAAGUUCACAGAUAUACUUAAAUUAUCUUCAUUAUCACAUAUUGCUUAUGAGGUAUUCAAUACUGAUUUAGUUUGGCAGAUACUUUAUACGAGAGAUAAAAAAGCUAAUAUUAAUUUAAAAGGAAAAGAAAAGAUUAUAAUCUAUGGUUGGAAGCAAUUGUAUAAAGAUAAUGAAAUGCAGGCAUCAAUUAAAGAUCAAACGAAUCAUCAAAUUUCGUCAUUGACUAUGAAUCAUGCAAAAACCAAUAAAUUAUUAAUGAAACCUAUCAGCGAUGCACCAAAAUCUACCUCGAACAAAACAUCAACGACAAAGAAAUCCUCAAACUCUUCGGUGAUGGCUCUCGUAACAAUCCCACUUUCCAUAUCUGAUACUCGAUUUCGCACGUAUACAAAUAAAAAUGAAAAGCCAUUUCUGCAAAAGAAAGACAUAAAAAAUACUAGUUCUAAAUUCAACAUGAAUGAGAAGAAUGUCAAAAAAGAUCUUAUUACGUCAAAAAUGACAAUAAAGCAAGAAAUUAGAAGUGUCUCUAAACAUAACAAAAUACCUGAUAAACAAAUAAAUCAAACAACAAAAUCAAACAAUGAAAAAUGCUCAAAUAAAAUCAACAACAUCAACACGAAACCAAUGACAUCAACACAAAAAAGUAAAUUAAAAUGUAAAACACAAACUGCUUCUAAAACAUCCGUUUCAAAAAAUAUUGUAGGAAAUUUAAAAUCAUCUCCAGUUUCAAUACAAAAUUUGCAUAACAAAACUCAAUCACAAGCAAAGAGUAAACCUAAGAAGAAAGUAACUGCGAUAAAAUCUGAAACAUUUAACACUUAUGAAGAGUUAUCCAAGAAUCCUUUUAUAGUCAAACAUGACAAAGUCGAGCUGGAUGAUCUAAUUGAAGCAAAUUUGAAAAAAAUUCAAAGUCCGCGAAGCAUAUUUGAUUAUGAUUUCAGUUGUAUAGAACAGUCGAAUAGAACAAAGGACAUUUUAGGUAUUAGAAAUGAAAUUCAGAAUAUUGAUAAAUCGAAACAAUUAAAACUUAUCAAAAAUAGUGUUGACACAAAUAAUUUUUCUCACAAAAUAAUUUGGGAUGAAAUUUCGCAGAAGCUUUCGAAGAAAUCUAAAAUAUUUAACGAAGCAUCUAAUGAGUCUUUUGAUAAAAAAUUUUUAUCAAGAGAAGGCAAUAAACCUAUUUCACUUUCUGAAAAGUAUAUAAAAGCCCGGGAAGAACUUCGAAAAUCUUUAGAAUGGAAUCGAAGUGAUCCAGUAUCUUCUCAAGAUCGAUGGGAUCCAGAUAUAAAUUUUCAAAAUAAAUCCUAUAUAUGUCCUAGAAAGGCUGUUAAUAAUAAUGAGAAAUCCCCUAUUCCUAAAAGAUCAUUAAAAACUUCUUUUCUCUAA